ACAUCCAUCCAGAAGGAACGGGAGACGGAGAGAGAAAGAGAGAGAGGUAGGAGGGCGAGGAAGGGAGACUUAAACCCACCUAAACCUGCCUGACACGAAGGACAACGCCACAGAAACGCAGCCUCAGACAGUAAAGGACGUUACCGGGACCUCAGACCCUCGACCCCCUUUUCUCCUGCCAGGACAAACGGCCACUUUUCCUGUCGUCUCGCGAGAAACUCCAUCGAUUUUUAGCAGCAAUGGCCCAAGAGACGAACCAGAGCCCGGUGCCCAUGCUUUGUGCCACGGGCUGCGGUUUCUAUGGCAACCCAAGAACCAAUGGUAUGUGCUCCGUGUGCUAUAAGGAUCACCUGACACGGCAGCAAAGCAGUGACCGCAUGAGCCCCCUCAGCCCUAUGGGCUCAGCUGGUAGUCCUACCUCAGAGGCCUCAGCUAUCCAGAGACUAGAAGCCAGUCUAGCCAAGGUUGAUGCCUCCCCUGCCUCUUCACCAGACAUGUCUAGAACUGUUCAAGGAUCUCUUCCUGUGACUCAACAAAUGACAGAGAUGAGCAUCUCGAGGGAGGACAAGCCAGAACCCUUAGAGCCUGUUGUAAAUCAGCCUGCUGCUUCUAGCCCUUCUCCUGUAGCUUCUUCCAGCAGUGAAGAAGGCAAGGGGGACACCCCCAAACCCAAGAAAAAUAGGUGCUUCAUGUGCCGCAAAAGGGUGGGCCUUACAGGGUUCGAUUGUCGCUGUGGCAACCUGUUCUGUGGCAUCCACCGGUACUCAGACAAGCACAAUUGUCCCUAUGAUUAUAAGGCCGAGGCUGCUGCCAAGAUCCGUAAAGAGAACCCCGUGGUGGUGGCUGACAAGAUCCAGAGAAUAUAGAUUUUACAAAACAGCAGCAGCAGCGGCAACGAUGACAAACAUCUUUGACAAAGACUGGAGAAUGAGUGCGAACCUUUUGAAAUGAGCACUGGCAUGAGUGGCUAAGUGAGGAUCGAAAGGACUUGAUUUACGAAAUUACAACCUCAAGAAAAUGACGGGGGGAAAAAAGAAGAAAAAAAGAAAAGAUCCUGUCUGAUGCAUGAAUGAUCACUUCUCUCCUUUUUUUUUUUGAUUAAUUCAUUAGUUUGUUUUAUCCUAUUUUCUGUGGUGUGACUUUGCCGCUGUUCAGUCCUUUUUUUUUUCUAUGAAUAUGUAUUGUCUUAUUAAGAGCAGCCCAGGCUAACUGUCCAGGAUAUGCUGUGCUCCUCUCACCCAAACCAGGCGCCAUUUUGUGCCAAACUGUAGACAGCCAUUUCCCUGAAACCCUGUCAUGUGUCAGACACUGGCAGGUCUUUCAAAGCAUUCAGACUACACAGUAACAGUCCACACAAGUUGUGUCCCUUAAGUUUUUGAACGUCUUGUUCUGCGCUCCGUUGGUACUGGAGUCGGUCAACGUUUGGAGAACCGUACAACUGUCCCCCACCAUGCACAAGGGGCUUUGUUACUUUGUCUCUGUCUUUCCUAGCUUUACCUACCUCACAGCUACUGUGUUAAGCUUUGUUGUCUUCCCUUUUACUUUGUUUUCAUCAGCUUUGACCCCAGCAGAACAAUGGAUCGUCUUGACAUUCAGCCUCAGUGACCCCUCUGAUCAGCAUGUCUGUGUUGACUUUGAUCGGUUUGAUUGUGAUGAGGCUGCUUCCAUUACGGCUGGAGGUAUCAUGCUAGACAGGGACAAACGAGUUACUCCACGUUUCACUGAGUCUAAACAUUUUCAAUGGACAUGAUGGGUGAAGGGGUUCCCCAACUGGUCUGAGCUCAUAGUGUGAUCACAGAUGCCUGGUGCAGGGCUGUGUGUGCCGAUGUGCGGCCUGAGAGGAAGGAUGGCAUCCUUCCCUGGCAGGCCUGGCAGGUGAAUUUAAGCAACAAUAUUGUAGGGGCAUGAAUGGAUUGGGAUAAAUGCAUGAGUUACUCUUCAUCUGCAUUAGUGAAUUAUGGCAUCACUCAACUUAGGGUUUCAGACAUUUUGUUUGCUGAGAGACAAUUAUCUGUUAUGUUUUAUUAGCUUUUUUUUUCUCUUCCAUUGAUAUUGUACUGAUGUUAGCGCAUGUAUUCAGUGCAUUUGUGGAAUUAGGGUAUGUGAACCAUGAUUUUUUUUUUUUUUUUUUUUUAAUGCGCUAACAGAACGUUCAUGUGAGCACAGUGUGUGCGUGCGUGUGUGUGUGUGUGUGUGUGUGUGUCUGAGUGUCUGAGUGUGUGUUUCCCAACCCUUUUGUCUGUGGAGCUACCCGGUUUAUCAGCACAUGUUUACAGAACUACAGGAGCAUGCCAGAGCUAGAUUUAUGAAAAAUAAUAGAUACCAAGAUUAGAUGUAACUUCUCAACUGUCUAACAGCUAUUGGUCUGUGUGUCUGCUUUAGAGCACUGUAGAGAAGUGUGCGUGCGUGUAUUUGUGCGCGUGCAUGUGCACAUUCCUGUGCAAAAGUGUGUUUUCAUGGCUGCCUGACACAUUGGAACCCACGGAUGUUUGUGACUUGUGUUAAUCCCACCUCCCCUUUUUUUUCCUUCCCCCUGUAAGGAUGUGUUUUUCAUUUAAAAGACAACUGUAUGUAUCCGUUUUGAGUUUUUCCUUUCUGAUUCUUAGUUAUAUGCAAAUUUGUACAAAAAAUGAAAAAACAACAAACUGUGUUGAUAUUUAUGUAUUACAUAUAAUCUUGCUAUCCAGCAUUAUGACAGAAUAGUAUCAUGUAAAUAAAACUGUACAGAGAGACAUUA